AUGAAAAUCCUCCUCUGGGCCUUAGUGGCCUUGCCCAUCUCCACCGCCCUCGUCUUCCCAUUCCACCAUAAUCCCCUCCCCGAAGACGACAAUAGUAUCACUAUCGCCGACGAGAACAUAGACUCCGACCUAAUCAAUGGCAUAACUACCACCCUCGCAACAGCCCUCGACCACCUCACAACCGACAUCUAUCCCACCAUCGUGAACAACUACCUCAACUACAACCCUAGUGAUUCACCCCAUCUUUACGCCCAGCACGUCUCCGACCUCGCUCCGCCCUUCCGCCAUCCCACUCCACCCCCAUAUCUCCGCCACCCCGCAUCCAAUAAGACCCUCUACGACCUCAUCCUCUCCAACCCGGAUACUUCCAUCCUCGCCCACUUCAUCCGCAACGACCAUCAUCUUACGACCCUACUCAACAGUACCACCUCGAACAACCUCACCUUCUUCGCUCCCACCAACGAAGCCAUCCGCAAACUCCACCACCACCACCACCACCACCACCAUGACCAUGACCAUAAUACCAACAAUUAUAAAGAAACCCACGCCCGCAUCCACCACAUCCUCACCUACCACACCGUAAAGGGCUCCUAUCCCAUCGACAAACUCUUCCAAUCACCCACCGUCCCGACCUACAUCCAUACUGAACAUAGUACCCUCCCCCAACGCAUCACCGUCCGCCCAAUCACAACACGCGACCUAAUGCUCAACUUCCACAGCCGCAUCAUCUCUCUAGAUAAACACGCCUCCAAUGGCAUUCUCUACCACAUCGACUCGGUUCUCAUGCCUCCUCCGUCUAUUCUUACACUACUUAACUCCCUUCCUUCCGAGUUCAGCACCUUUACGCUAGCAUUGUACAGAACUGGUUUGGAUAGGGUACUUACCAUCAACUCUGAUACAAAUACCAAUACCAUCACCAGCAGAAGCAGAAGCAAGAACCUCAACAAAGCCCUAUACGUUCAAUCUAACGACCAAACAAAACCACCACCACCACCACCCACCUCACCCUCCCAAACACAAGACAAAGAAACCAAAGGAGGAAGUGGUCUAACCCUCCUCCUUCCCCCCAACCCCUCCUUCGUGGCAACAUUCACCCCCGAAGCCCUCACCUUCCUUUUCUCCCCCGAGGGGCGUGAAUACCUCUCCGCCAUCAUAAAAUACCACAUUGUCGUUGGCGAGACGCUCUACUCGGAUCAGCUGUAUACCAAACACGGUGAUAUAUCCCCCCUUUCAUCGACGGAUAAAUCCAUGUUUUAUAUAGAGAUGGAGAGUUUAUUACACAGAUACCAUUUACAUUCACAUAUUGAUGAUGAUGAUGAUGAUGAUGAUGAAGGGAAAGCGGAGAGGCUCUUCAUCGAUGCGAAACGCCACCACGGCGCGUAUUCAUAUCUCCGAAUAAAUGGGUACCAGGGUGUCUUGAAGGCCGGGGAGUUGUUGACUGCCGAGGGGAGUAUGUUUGUUUUGAGUGGGGGGAGGGUGUUGGUGCCGCCGAAAAGAGGAAAUGGGGAGGAGUAUGUGGUUGAGGGGAGGGAGAGGGGGGAUGAUGGUGAUGGGUAUAUGAUGGGGGUGGAGGUGAGGGAGAGGGUGGGGAGUUGGUUGGGUCAUGGUGGAUGA